GGAAAAUAAUAAAAUCUCUCGGACUAUAAAAAGUAAAAACCUCAUGGUCAUGGGUAGUUUAGAAAGUAGGGAAAACCUCAAGGGCCAUUAUGUUAAAUCUCGAUUCUGAAAUCAAAAACCUUCACUCGCUGCCUAACUAGGGUUUUGCAUUCAGCUCUUGAAUCCAUCCCCAUUCCACAGGUUUUUGAUCGGAGGAUUCGAAAUGCAAUCGCUAUAUGGUAAAUUCCGGCUGGUCACGAAACAAACAAUCAACUCGCUGAAAAAUAUUGAGCUGAGCAAAGUCGCAUCUGUUGAAUCGAGAUAUUUGGGAUGCUCGAUGAACCGGUUUUCGGGUUUCAGUUCUGAGCGUUCAGCAUUUCUUUUGAAUAAACAAUUUGGCGCUAAAGUUGUCAAACCAGCAUCCUCUGAAAGUUGUAGUAUGGCAUCAAUGUUGCCAUCUUACAGAGUCCUAAGCUCUGGAAGUCAAUCAGCUUCUUUGGUAUUCAAGUUUCCAACUAGGAACUUUUCAACUCCGGGAUCUACUCCUGAGAAUGUUUCUGCUUCUUCUGAACUGCCUCCACGCAUUAAGUUUAAGAGGCUUGAUAAAACUGCAAGACAUAUAAUGCAGAUAAUUGAUAAAGAAGCAGUUGAGGAAGUUAAAUCAAGCAGAGAGAUACCAGAGAUCAAGCCUGGUUACAUCAUCCAGCUGAAAGUGGUAGUACCAGAGAAUAAGAGGCGUGUUUCAAUUAUAAAAGGCAUUGUUAUAGCUAUGCGCAAUGCUGGUUUAAAUACUACUUUCAGAAUUAGAAGGCUUGUAGGAGGUGUUGGUAUUGAAAAUCUCUUCCCUCUGUAUUCUCCAAACAUAAAGGAGAUAACAGUGUUGGACAAGAAGAGAGUGAGGAGGGCGAAGCUUUAUUAUCUUAGAGAUAGAAUGAAUCCACUUAGGAAGAAUUAAAGUCCUGCUUUGGAUAGUGGAUACGUAAAAGUCAUGACUAUGUGCUGAUGGUGGCCACACUUUUGAGCAGAAAGAUUUUAUAAACUAAUAAAAAUUAUAUAUACACUGGUUGUUGGUAGUCAACAUUUGGGGAACCAAUGUUUAUGGAGAGUGGGGGAAAUAGAAGUGGAAUGCUUAGCUAGCCAGCAACAUGUUCGACAGUCGUUUUGUUACCAGACGCGAAAGAUGAGGCUUAUGGAAUCACCCUCAACAUAAGUGCCAAACUUGUGUAGUUGUCAUUCAUAAUCUUGAGUGUUUCAACUAUGCUGCAUCAUACAUGAGCUGUCGCAUUUUAUCUUUUGUUUUUCCAUUUAUGGAAAUGUUCUCAGAUUGUCGUUGAUGAGUGCUGGAAAUGGAAUGGGAUCUGUUCUAGAGGUCGAUGAUUUUUGGGAUA